AUUCUUUUCUCGUAUUGUUUCUUUCUUCUAAAAAAAAAAAAAUAAUGCGAUCACUGACCUUGGCCAUCAGCUUAUCGCUUGCCUUUGUUGCUGGCUUUACAGAGGCGGCGAAAACCGUUCACACCAAAGUCGCCAUCCUCGGAGGUGGCGUCAGUGCCAUCAAUGCAGCUCGUAACCUGACUGGUGCAGGUAUCCACGACUUUAUGAUCAUUGAAGCACGCGACAGCUUGGGUGGACGUGCUCAAGAUGCUCCUUUCGCGGACAUUCGUCUGGAACUUGGCUGUAACUGGGUCCAGGGUUUGGGAACCAACCCUGUGAAUCAAUUGCGCAAGAAGUAUGGCUUGAAGACGGCCGAAACCGAUGGUGACGAUGUCGUCUUUUAUACCGAAGGCGGUAAAAUCGACAAUGGCACCGAGGUUUACAAAAAAUUCAACGAGGUGUACGAACGCAUGAACGAUAUGGCGUUCAAGAGAGUCGAGAACAACCAAGUGGAUAUCUCUGUUCGUGCUGGACUGGAUUUGGCCGGAUGGUAUCCCAUGACCCCUCUCGACCAGGCCAUCGAAUACUAUGUCUUUGACUGGGAAUCCGCAGAGGAACCCGAGGACUCUUCCAUGAUUGGUUCGGCUUUGAACGACAACGCUACCUACAGCAGCUUUGGUGAGGGUAGCGACGGUGAUCGCAUGGUCGUUGAUGAAAGAGGUUUCAAAUACAUCUUCUUGGAAGAAGCCAAGACAUUCCUGAAGAAAGAUGAUUCCAGAGUCAAGUUAAACACAAAGGUUACCAAGGUCGAAUAUAACAAGCACGGUGUUACGGUACACACGGACCAGGAUCUCAUCAUCAAGGCUGAUUAUGCGAUUUCCACCUUCUCACUGGGUGUCCUUCAGCACAAGGAUGUCGAGUGGAGCCCGGCGCUCCCUGACUGGAAAUUGGAAGGCAUCUACGGUUUCCACAUGGCCACUUAUACGAAGAUCUUUUUGAAUUUCCCUUAUCAGUUCUGGGACGAUAACCAAUUCACCGUCUACGCUGAUCCCGAUAACCGCGGUUACUACAACACUUGGCAAAACUUGAACGCCCCUGGCUAUUUCCCCAAGAACACCUCCACCAACAUCUUCUUUGUCACUGUCACUCAGUCAGAGUCCUACAGAGUCGAAGCCAUGGAAGAUGAAGAAGUGAGAAAGGAAGCCAUGGCCGUGCUUCGAUCCAUGUAUGGUGACGACAUUCCCGAAGCUACCGAAAUUAUGUUCCCUCGCUGGCACAGCAACCCCUUGUUCCGCGGAAGUUACUCCAACUGGCCUAUUGGUGAACUGGAUCAACAUCACAUCAACAUGAAAGCUCCUCUUCACAAUCGUCUUUUCUUUGCUGGCGAGGCCAUGUCCAAGGAAUACUUUGGUUUCUUGCAAGGUGCUUGGUUCAGCGGUGAAGAGACUGGCUCGCACGUAGUCCAGUGCAUUAAGAAGAAGUGCCCCAGAGCCGAAUACUACCCCAUCAUCACCAAACCCGACAUCCACCCCAACUACAUCCACAAGCGUAGUGUCGUCGUAUAAAUAAAGAACUUGAUUUUUUUUUCAUUACCAUCUCUAUCAUAAACAAGCCGUGCAUCCGAUGUGCAAUGGAUGCCACCUGCUACUGGAUGUCGCCCCCUUACAUUGAGUGACAUUCGUCAGACAAAAGCCUAACGCAAUACGGCAUAACCUGGGCGAG